UUAACCCCUCUCCUCUUCCUGUGGUACAGACGAAGGCGAAGGAUAAGGUUCGCUCGCAUACUUCGCUUCUCCUCGGGCGUCGCUUCGUCCCCAAAGCACAAGGAGUAGCCUCCGCUCCCCGCGUGAAAGCUUCCUCCUCUCGUGUCGCUUGUAGCUCAAGCAAAGCAAGAUCGCAGACGCUGCCUGUUAUCCAUGGCCGAAGAAUCUGAGCCCACACAGGAAGCCGAUUCCGCCGGGCAGUUACUAUCCCAAGCGCGGCAGCUCGUCCCUGCGGCACUCGACAAAGCCCGGGCCGCCACCGGCUUCCCGGGGAGAUGGAAAUCGAUAAUCUCCAAGCUGGAGCGCGUCUCGCCGUGUCUCUCCGACCUCUCGAGCGACCCCUGCUUCGCGAAGAACGAGCUCUGUAAGGAACUGCUACAGUCGGUGACGAAGACCGUCGCCGAAGCCAUCGGGCUCGCCGGCCGCUGCUGUUCCGCAGAGCCGCUUUGCUCGGGGAAGCUCCGGAUGCAGAGCGACCUUGACGCCUUGUCGGGCGAGCUCGACCUCCUCCUCAACGACUGUGAAUUGCUGGUGAAGACCGGGGUCCUCGGCGACGCCGCCGCCGCCACCGCCACCGCCAUGUCCCCGACUGUUACCAAGUCGCCGACGCACGACGGCGUGCGUGAAUUGCUAGCCCGCUUGCAGAUUGGCCAUGCCGAGGCCAAGCACCGGGCCGUGGACGGCCUCCUUGAAGCGAUGAGGGAGGACGAGAAGAGCGUGCUCGCUGCACUCGGCCGGAGCAAUAUAUGCGCUCUGAUACGGUUGCUCAGCGCGAACUCCAUGAAGACCAGAGAGACGGCAGCCACCGUGAUCUGCUUGCUCGCGGAGUCUUGGAGUUGCGAGAAGCUACUGGUUUCGGAAGGAGUGCUUCCACCUCUAAUCAGGCUUGCAGAAUCUGGAAGUCUGGUAUGUAGAGAGAAGGCAGUGGUCUCGCUGCAGAGGCUAUCCAUGGCCGCCGACACCGCCCGCUCCAUAGUCGGGCAUGGAGGUGUGCCGGUGCUGAUCGAGAUCUGCCAGAUAGGAGACUCCAUUUGCCAAGCAGCGGCUGCAGGGACGCUGAGGAAUCUCUCAGCAGUGCCCGAUGUCAGGCAGACAUUAGCGGACGAAGGCAUCAUCAGAGUCAUGAUCGAUCUCCUCAACUGCGGGAUGGUUCUUGGUUCCAAGGAGUACGCCGCAGAGUGCUUGCAGAACCUCACCGCCAUCAACGACGACCUAAGGAGGUCAGUCGUCUCGGAGGGAGGACCGCUUAGCCUCUUGGCCUACAUGGACGGGCCAUUGCCGCAGGAACCAGCGGUGUGCGCGCUGAAGAACCUGAUCGGCUCCGUCGCUGUCGACGGCCUCAUGUCGCUGGGCGUCCUUCCUCGGCUAGUCCACGUACUCAAGGAUGGAUCUCUCGGCGCACGGCAGGCGGCAGCCGGCAUCAUCUGCAGGAUAUCGAGUUCCUCCGAGACGAGGAAGGCGAUUGGCGAGCUUGGCUGCGUGCCGUUACUUGCCAAGAUGCUCGACGCCAAGGCGAACACCGCGAGGGAGGUCGCUGCGCAGGCCAUUUCGGGGUUGAUGAGCCACCCGCAGAACAAGCGGGAGCUCAAGAAGGAGGAGAAGAGCGUGGCCAAUCUCGUUCGCUUGCUGGAUCCGAGUCCUCAGAACACAGCAAAGAAGUACGCAGUCGCUUGUCUCCUCUCCCUGUCGUCAAGCAAGAGGUGCAAGAAACAGAUGAUCUCCUACGGCGCCGUCGGGUUUCUCAAGAAGCUCUGUGAAUCAGACAUAGCUGGUGCCAAGAAGCUACUUGAAAGAUUAGAGAGGAGGAAGCUGAGGGGCUUGUUCAUCAGAAAGUAGGGGUGAUGAAUGCUUCAUCAUCGCUGAUCUUGUACAGAACGAACGAUGUUUCAUCGACUCCAGGAAGAAGAGAGGAGUUGCUCAUAUCUACCAUGUCUUUCUUGUA